AUGGGUCGCCGAAAAUCGAAAAGAAAGCCUCCGCCAAAGAGAAAAGCUAUUGAGCCAUUGGAUCAACAGUUCAAUUGCCCAUUUUGCAACCACGAGAAGUCGUGUGAGGUGAAAAUGGAUCGAGCCAGGAAUACGGCUCGGAUACAAUGUCGAGUUUGUUUAGAGGACUUCCAGACUACUACAAACGUGUUAUCCGAGCCCAUUGAUGUUUACAAUGACUGGGUGGAUGCUUGUGAGAGCGCCAAUUAG